AUGGCUCUCAACACCACCGGCACGACCUGGCAAUUCUCCAGAAGUUUCAUCAAAUACGUCCAGGACCAGCUUCUGCAGCGCACCGCUCCGAACUUGUCGAUUACCAUCGUGACUAUGGCGGAGACUGUUCCGGAUGAUGGAGAGGUUGUUGGCGCUGGAAAUGAGGAAGCAGCUGUCGCGGCACCCAUCUCCCCCCGAAAGUACAUCGCUGGUCCAGGGCCUGACCGCUUGCAAUCUCUCGUCCCUCCUCCGAACUUCGGCGCAGUGGUCGCAGGCAGUAUUUACCGCAGCAGCUUCCCGAAUCCGGAGAACUUGGACUUUUUGGGAACUCUCAAGCUGAAGACCAUCCUGACUCUGGUUGAUACCCCGUAUCCCGAGGCCAAUGUCGAGUUCGUCAAGCAACGCGGUAUCCAGCACGCGACGGUUCUUCUCCCAGCCAACAAAGAAACCGUCCGCGUCUCGCAGUGCGACAUGACCCGGGUCCUGAACAUUGUUCUCGACACAUCAAACCAUCCGCUGCUCAUUCACUGCAAUAAAGGCAAGCACCGCACCGGUUGUGUCGUCGCCUCGUUCCGCAAGACCGUCGGCGAGACCUACGAAAACAUCUUCUCCGAGUACCACGUCUAUGCGGGCAUCAAAGCGCGCAAGCUAGACGAAGCUUUCAUCGACCAAUUCGACACGCGUACCGUGCUCUGGCUCGCGCGCGAGAAUGGCUUCGUCAAGGGAGACGGCUCCGAGAGCCCGAUGUUGGAGCCUGUUGUCAAGCGGCAGCGGACCGCGGCUUAG